AUGGCCAGCGCCACCGCGUCCCCUUGCACCAUCGAGCCCAGGAGAUGCGGUUCGCUGCACGGGGCCAUCACUGACCAGCGGCGGCGUGGGGAAGCUUCGAAUCCAGGCGGCCUGGAGGGUGAUGGCAUGGGCCACUGGAGCAUACUGGGCGACCAGAGCCUGAUCAAAGUUGUAUCGGCCUUGAGCAGCGGCGAGUUCUGCGCCCCGGCGCGGUUCGAUCUCGGGAUCACCGACAACAGAGAUGUUGGGGACGCCGGCGGGGUGAGGGGCCUCCUGAGAUCGCCUCCUGGCAGCGCGGGGAGAGGCCUGAUGAGAAGGGCUGCGCCCACGGGCGCCCGCAGACUGGCGGCCCAGGAUAGGUUGGAGUUCGAGCCUCACCGUCUUCGGAGUUGGAGCCACCUAGCAGACCGGAGGCGUGCCCUUCCACUUGACCAGUAG